AUGCCAUCGCACCAAGACAAGGACAUUGAUUCACUAUCUCUAUAUUACGACCUAUCGAGUAAGGCUCUAGAGAUGCAUGAUUUUAGGCCUGAGGAUGCCCUCUUUGAAAGGGUGGUGCAAACAACUAUAGAUGACCCGAAGAUGCAAUGGCUAAGGAUUGUCAUUGAGGGGAUCAUGGCCAGGGACGUCCGAAUCAUGCGAGAUCUUCAAACUACGAAUAAUGCCGCACCCACCACGGUUGAUUGCAAAGGAGAAUGUCAACUUGAAAAGAUGGUAGUAGUCGUGCAAGAUACGUUUGUUCAGUUAAUGGUCACAGCUGCAUUGCAAUAG